AUGGUAGUUGCAAAGCGAGAAAAAGUUAAGAAUAAUAAGAAAUCCAAUGCCAAAUGCCAUCGCCUUGGCCAAUCUUGCCCAACUUUAACGGAAAAGCCUAAGGAUGAAAAAAAUUUUCAAACUGAUUUUAGCAAAGAACCUAUUGCUAACAAAUUUACAGCACCAACAACGAUGCCAUUUUCCGUCGAUCGUAUUUUAGGUUUUGCCAAUUCGACAGUAGCACCAAUGGCUAUAGAUCCUAAUUAUGCUUAUUACCGUAAUAGCUAUAACCCCAAUGACUUUCGUUAUACUUAUCCAGCACCUUAUUUUGGUCUUGGACGACUAGACUGGUUGCAAACAAAUCCUCAUUUUACUCCAGUAACCGUUAAAAAUGACAAUUCUAAUGAAGACGGACAAAAAAACUGCACUCAAAAGAAGAGAAGAAUUAGUCGCUGUCCACGCAUUCCAUUUUCAAAGGAUCAGUUAAAUUUAAUGGAAGAUGUUUUUCAACAACAACAAUACCUAUCACCUCGCGAUAUUGAAAAUCUUUGUAGGAAAUUAGAUUUAAAGGAACAUCGUGUUAAAAAUUGGUUUCAGAAUCGUCGAGCUCGAGAAAAAAGAGCAAGAACCUCUAGCAGUAUUACUGUCUUAACAAAUCAAUAUGAAACUUCGCCAGAUAGCAAGAAGAAUGUGAAUAGCAAUGAAACAGUAACUCCUACAGCUAAUCCAAUGUAUUUAACUUAUACUCCUAAUUCACCAUCGAAAAACGCCCUUCAAGAUAAUCGAUGGUUAGUUACCAUACCAGAAAAAAUUCAAAAUAUUGAUCAGCAUAAAGAUUAA